AUGUAUCAUCCAGGAUGCUUCUCGUCGGUGCUCGCGGUGGUCAUCGCCGCUCUUUCCUUCGUGCAACACCUGCAAGCAGCCGGAAUCACCAACGACUCAAGCACUGUCGCGGGAAAGACCUUCGACUACGUCGUCGUCGGCGCAGGCACAUCAGGAACAACGGUCGCGGCACGGCUCGCCGAAGACCCGACGCUCGAGAUCCUGGUCAUUGAAGCUGGAGGCGACGACCGUACGAACCCUCAGAUCUACGACAUCUACCAGUACAAGGCCGCCUUCCAGGGUCCCCUCGACUGGGCGUGGCCGACGGAUCAGGGCAAGCUCAUUCAUGGCGGGAAGACUCUCGGUGGAAGCUCUUCCAUAAAUGGCGCGUAUUGGACGACGGGCACGGAAGCUCAGUACGACAUGUGGUCGGAUCUGCUCGAGGAGGAUGAGGUGUCUGUGGGCUGGAACUGGGCGAACGUCUCCGCGUAUAUGAAAAAGGCGGAAGGCUUUUCUCCUCCAAACACACAGCAGCGCACGAAGGGCGCCGCUUCCGUCGCGGCCUUUCAUGGGACGAACGGGCCUGUCCGGGCAACCUUUCCGGACGCGAUGUACGGCGGUCCCGAAAACCCGGCUUUCAUCUCAUCCGUGAUGAACUUGACGGGCACGCCAUAUUGCGAAGACUUCAGUAGCGGAGCGCCGACCUGCGUUUCUUUAUCGCCCCAGAGCAUAAACUGGCACAGCGAUGAUCGUCGCUCGUCGUCUAUCGAGGCGUACUACACCCCCGUCGAAGAUAGGCGCGAUGGGCUGACAUUCCUGAUCCAGCAUCUGGUCACCAAGGUGCUGUUUGAUGGUAACACUAACGGUUCUGUCGCCGCCUCCGGAGUCCAGUUUGCAAGCGCAGAUGGCUCAGGAAGCCGGCUGAGCGUGUUUGCUCGCAAGGAGGUGAUACUCUCUGCGGGCGCGAUCCAUACUCCAGCUGUCCUGCAGCUUUCCGGCAUCGGAGACCCCGGCCUUCUCGUCCCGCUCGGUAUCACCCCUCUCGUGAAUCUGACUACCGUCGGCAAGAACUUUCAAGAGCAGACACUGAACACCAUCGGCGGCCCAAUGAACGGCUUCGACGUGGGCGGACUGGGCCCAAAAGACGCCAUCGCCUUUCCAAGUGUGCGCGAACUAUUUGGGGUCGAUGCGGACGACGCGAUUGCGAAGCUGCAGGAGUCGCUUCCGUUCUUUGCACAGACACAAGCGCACAACGCUUUGUCUGCCGAAGCGCUACGGACGAUAUUCGAACUUCAGGCCAAGACUCUCAUCAACGACAAUGCACCCGUUGCAGAACUGCUCUUUGGUCCAGGAAUCCCGCAAGCCAACGAUCUCGGAAUCACUAUGUGGAAUCUCAUUCCGUUCAGUAGAGGGAACGUGACGAUCGUGUCGAAUGACCCAUUCCAGAGUCCCAUCGUCAACGUCAACUAUUUUGACAUUCCAUGGGACCUCGACGUGCAGAUCGUCGCCGCGCGGACGUGCCGCCAGCUGCUUAACAAACCUGCCCUCGCCGCCCUCCGCGACCCUUCCGGAGAAUCUGCGCCGGGCCUCGCCGCCGUCCCAGACCCGACGGGCGACGGCGGCGCCUCCGCCGACUGGGCCGCGUGGAUCACCCAGCCCGGGUCCGGGGCCGGCUUCAGCGCGAACUCGCACCCGAUUGCGACGGCGGCGAUGAUGCGGCGCGCGCUUGGCGGGGUGGUGGACGCGCGCCUGCGGGUGUACGGGACGGAGCGGCUGCGGGUGGUGGAUGCGUCGGUGCUGCCGGUGCAGCUGAGCGCGCACCUGUCGCGGACGGUAUACGGCGUGGCGGAGAAGGCGGCGGACCUGAUCAAGGAGGACCGGUGA